AGAGAAGGGAGGGGGAUUCCAUGUCCAUGUGACCGCGACCCCCGCCCACCCCAGCACCAACUGACCCGGGCACGUGACCGGAAUCCCCCCGCCCCGAGGCACCGGGAGGGAGUCAGAGCAGACUGGCAGGUUAGGGCCAGCAGGACCGAAAACAGAUAUCCAAGACUAGGAUUGCUGAGAGGGGCCCUGGCCAGGAUCCAGGGGGAAGAUGAGCUGUAAACAAGAAUGAUGAAAUGUUGGACUUUGUUGGAACCAGGGUUAAGGUUUGAACAUCUGGCAUGUUCGAGGCUUGUGGCUCAGCUGUGAGAGAGCCUUCUUGCCACCAGAUAUCUCUCAAUUGGCACAGGUGCCGCAACACAACACUGGUUAACCUCUCCAGUCCAUACUACUUCUCUAAUGUGCCUUGCUCAACGUUGCCUCUCUUUUUGGAACUCUACAGCAUCACAGUUUUUGCCAUAUUUGACUGGUGGUGUUUUACUUUUUGCCAUAUCAGAGCUGUAACAUUUUAUUUUUUCCCCCACCAUGCAUCAGAUUGUGAAAAGCUGACAUAGCCUGUUAAAUAGAACUUUACUAUUUUGUUGAAUAAACUUCUUUUUUUUUUUUUCCUUCUGGUUUUAUUACAAAAAAAAUUGACUUAAAAUGGCAUUUUCAAAGGGCCGGUACCUGCUCCUAUUUCUUUGUGUCCAGCUGGUUGUUAUGGCUUUUCUUUACCGAGAAGGAUAUAGAAAACGAGUGGCUUCUUUUUUGGGGGUAUUUUAUAAAGGACCCCCCUUAGUUAUACUGAAUCACAACCACACCUCCCAUCCUGGAGAUGUCUAUGCCAAUCUAAGUUUGAUAUCCAAGUCUGUUCUUCGUGGAGAAGAUUUGCCACUCUGUCCUGCAACAUCUCCUCUCUUAGGAGGACCUAUUCGAGUCACUUUCCCAGAGACCUUAACACUGGAAGAUGUUUUGCAGAAGAACCCUUAUGUGACCAAAGGAGGGCGUUACAAGCCCCCUGACUGUGAAUCAAAUCAUAAAACAGCCAUAAUAAUCCCUCACCGUAACCGGGAGCAACAUCUGAAAUACCUACUUUAUUACCUGCAUCCUUUCCUGCAGCGACAGCAGCUAAUCUAUGGGAUUUACAUCAUCCACCAGGCAGGUAAUAGUACCUUCAAUCGUGCAAAACUGUUGAAUGUAGGCUUCAAGGAAGCCAUGAAGGAUGAAGAUUGGGACUGCAUGUUCUUCCAUGAUGUAGACCUUAUUCCUGAAGAUGAUCGCAACCUCUACAUUUGUGACCGGUUCCCCAAGCAUGCCUCUCUUGCCAUGGACAAAUUUGGAUAUAAGUUGCCUUACAAGUCGUACUUUGGAGGGGUCUCUGCCCUCAGUCCUGAGCAGUACAUGAAAAUGAAUGGAUUUCCCAAUAAUUAUUGGGGAUGGGGUGGAGAAGAUGAUGAUAUUGCUGUCCGAGUUGCACUUAGUGGCAUGUUGAUAUCUCGGCCAUCAGUACAGCAUGGGCGCUACAAAAUGAUAAAGCAUGGACAUGACAAAGGAAAUGAGCAAAACCCCAAACGAUUCAAUCUUUUGGCCAAAACCCGGCGGACGUGGAAGCAAGACGGCAUGAACUCUCUACAGUACACCCUCCUAUCAAAGGAGCUUCCACCAUUAUACACGAAUAUCACAGUGGACAUUGGUUCAGACACACACCAUCAUACGUGAAAGCGAGCAUCUUGUGACCAAUUGUGCCCUAUUUUCCAAACCCUCGGCAGUGAAACAAGCAGAGGCUCAAGGAAUUCAGCAACAUGCCCGAAAGACAUUGCUUCUAUUGCAAGAUAUAUAUAUAUUUUCUCUAUCUCUUUUUAUCUUCCCUAACCUAAGAAUGGAAAACCAAAGAUUGUAUUUUGUGUUACUGGCAGGUCAUGCUGUGACAAAGAUAGGGGGCAUGUAUGUCUUACCUGCCAUCAGCGGUCACUGGUUGCAAGCACUACCCUCUGCCAUCCUGCACGCCAACCACCUGUGAGACACUGAAUACCAUUCCUCUUCCGAGCAACCUUUAUACAGUUACCAGUGGACUUGGGGUUUUCUUCCCCUUCAGCACUGACAAUUUUACAGUAUUUGUGUGUGUGUAUGUUCACAAGUUCUUUUCUUCUUUGUAAAACCUACAAUGAACAUGCCUGGCGAGAAGUGUAUUUCCUGAAGUGCAAUUUUUUUUUUAAACCGGAUUAUAAUUAUUUUUGGCACGUAUCUGCCAGAUGCACAGAUAGAUUUAAAAAAAAUAUGCCACUCUUUUUUUCUAUCAUUGACAGGGUUAUUCUUGAGUUCUGAUAUUAUUUAGACCUAGACUUUCAUCAUUUAGUGUAUAGGAAAUCGUUUAUUUCACCUGUAUAAUUUGUUUGGUGUUUUUUUUUUUGGGGGGGGGGGGUUCAUAUCUUCUCUUUGUGUUUUUCAAAUGAAAUCUCCUUGAUUUUUCUUGGUUCUCGCAUUUUGAAUAUCAUAGCAAAGUGAAUACAUGUUUAACUGAUUUCUGGUGGAACUGGACCUCAGAAGAAGAAAGUUCAUAACCCAGUAUUACUUUUAUCCAAAGUGCCUUAAUACCGUCUGAAUGCAUGGGACUUCAUGGCUUUUCACAGUUUUUAGGACAUUCGUAAGAAUAAACAUGACAUGUGAAUGCGGUUUCUUUUACAAUAGUACAUCUUUGUGGUUUUUCAAUAUGACAUUUUCUCAAUGAGAUGUGAAACCAAUAUGAACUUUUUCUGGAAUAAAUACAUAUAUACUUA